AUGGGAAACGGGAGCACAGUGACGGAAUUCACCCUGAUGGCCUUCCCAGCUCUCCUGGAGAUUCGAAUACUCCUCUUUGUGRUUCUCUUGCUAACUUACACAUUAACAGCAACAGGAAACCUUACCAUMAUCUCUCUAAUAUGGACUGAUUCUCACCUGCAAACCCCAAUGUACUUUUUCCUCAGUAAUUUGUCCUUUCUGGAUAUUUUAUACACCACUGUUGUUACCCCAAAGUUGCUAGCCUGCCUCCUAGGAGAAACGAAGACCAUAUCCUUUGCAGGCUGCAUCACCCAAACAUAUUUCUACUUCUUUCUGGGGACAGUGGAGUUUAUCCUCUUGGCUGUCAUGUCCUUUGACCGCUACGUGGCCAUCUGUAACCCCCUGCGUUACACCCUCAUCAUGAACAGCAGGACCAGCUUCCUACUGGUUCUGGGAUGCUGGGUGGGAGCCUUCUUGUCUGUGAUGGCACCAACCAUCGUAGUGACAAGGCUACCUUACUGUAGGAAAGAAAUUAAUCACUUUUUCUGUGACAUUGCCCCUCUUCUACAGGUGGCCUGUAUAGAUACUCGCCUAAUUGAGAAGAUAAACUUUCUUCUCUCUGCCCUGGUCAUCCUGAGCUCCCUUGCAUUCACUACUGGGUCCUACAGCUACAUCAUUUCUACCAUCCUGCGAAUGCCCUCAGCCCGAGGCCGUCAAAAAGCUUUUUCUACCUGUGCCGCUCACAUCACUGUCGUCUCCAUUGCUUACGGGAGCAACAUCUUUGUGUAUGUGAGACCAAAUCAAAAAUACUCACUGGAUUUUGACAAGGUAGCGGCUGUCCUCAUCACAGUAGUGACCCCUCUUCUGAACCCUUUUAUUUACAGCUUAAGGAAUGAGAAGGUAAAGGAAGUGUUGAGAGAGACAAUGAACAGAAUUGCGUCCUUGACAUUAAGGAAAACUUGACAUUG